AGAACCCUAACCCCUACCGCGUAAUUACCAGGAUUUACGGAAAUGACACUCUUGUCGUCCAAAUUCGCGCCGCUGAUCCCCCGGCUCCGCCGCCUCUCCACCGCGGCGGCGACGGCCGCCGGAGAGGACCCGAAGCUGUCGCGCAUAGCGGACGAGCUCCUGGACCUCUCCCCUGCCGAGCUCGACGACUACGCGGCGCUCCUGCGGCUCAAGCUCCGCCUCUCGCUCACUUCCAGCGCCGCGUCGGGGGCGGCCCCGGGGGCGGCGGGAGACGGCGCCCCCGGCUCCGCGGGCGCGGAGGAGGCCGCGGCGGCGGUGAAGACGGCGUUCGACGUCAAGAUCGAGAAGUACGAGGCGGCGGCGAAGAUAAAGAUCAUCAAGGAGGUGCGCGCGGUGACGGACCUGGGUCUGAAGGAGGCGAAGGAGCUCGUGGAGAAGGCACCGGUCGUGGUGCGCUCCGGGCUUCCCAAGGAGGAGGCCGAGGCGCUCGCGGCCAAGCUCAAGACCGCCGGCGCCGCCGUCGCGCUCGAGUGACCCUGAGCGGUGGAAAGGGUUCGUCUUUUUUUUCUGUUCCUAUUAUGCCCUUAGAUCGAGGAUGAAGCGUUUGUGCGUGCCUUGAUUGAAUUGGAAUUCGAUGCGAUUGGGGCAAUUGAGCAGGUGUAUAAGAAGAUGCAUUUCUUGAUCACAUUGUUGUUUUUUUCACGAGUCUCAAGCUUAAGCACUGGUUAUCAUCUUGA